AUGCCCAUGGCUUUAUUGGACGAUACUUCCCCCACACACACACACCCACCCCAAAUCCCCAUGAAGAGAACCCCUAGAUCAGAUACUGUCUCUCCCGACAGAUCCAGACUUACGAGUCCAUCACCGAGUAUACGUCAUAUCUCACACACCAGGGUCAAUACCGAAAGGCUGUAUUUGCUUCACAAAGACACAACAUUACAAGUGGCUGACACAGAAUCGAUCAUCUACCAAAACCCUGCACCAAAUGAGUACACUCCUGCUAAUACACAGAACCUAGAAAGCUUGCUGUGGUCGGAAAUCCUUCCCUACUAUAUCCCAUGCUUAUCUUGGAUUGGCCAGUACACCGUCGAGUUUUUCAUUGGCGAUUUGAUUGGCGGAUUGAGUUUGGUGUUUUUCCAAUUACCCUUGUCGUUGUCCUAUGCGACUAGUUUGGCUCACGUGCCUGUAACUUCAGGGUUGUAUUCGUUAGGCAUUUCCCCGUUGAUAUACCUUAUAUUUGGAAGCGUGCCGCAAAUGAUUGUUGGACCAGAGGCCCCGAUUUCUUUGAUUGUGGGACAGGCAAUUGAGCCAUUGCUACACCAUGCGAAAAAGGCCCACCUCGAUCCCGUUGAGUACUUGGUGGCCAUUACUUUUGUUAGUGGCUCAACAUUGCUUGGCUUUGGGUUGGCCAGAUUCGGUUUCCUCGAUAACGUAUUGAGUGCAUCCUUGCUAAAAGGAUUUAUUGCUGGUGUUGGUAUAGUCAUGAUCAUCACGUCUCUGAUAAUUGUUCUUGGAUUGGAAAAACUAAUGAAACAAAUUUCCGACGACCCCAACGAAAUGGAUAUACAUUCGCCAUUUGAUAAAGUCAGGUUUCUUGUGCAGUACAUUGGGCAGCGCAACCAACAGAGUCUCAAUAUAGGGUUGGUGGGGUUUUUCAUUAUAUUUGCAGUACGUUUGUUUAAAAAGUAUGCUGCCAAGCAGCAUGGCAGACUUUACAAGUAUGCAGUAUUUAUUCCAGAAAUCAUGUUGGUGGUUGCUGGCUCGACAAUUCUCUGUCAGCAUUACCGUUGGGAUUUAGGCGGACUUCCAGUUAUAGGCAAGGUACGAAACAAAGGUGAUUUCAAGUUUUACAACCCUGUGUCUUUGUCCAAUCUACACUUGAUCAAAGACCUUUGUGCGUCUGGGUUUAUGUGUGCCAUGUUGGGGUUUUUCGAGUCAACAACCGCAUCAAAAUCGUUGGGGUCCAUGUACGACCUCCCCAUUUCAUCGAACCGUGAAUUGGUUGCCCUUGGAAGCAUAAAUAUAUUUGGGUCAAUUUUUGGGGCUCUACCAGCGUUUGGAGGCUACGGCCGAUCAAAGGUGAAUGCCAUCUCUGCGAAAACAACCAUGCUGGGAGGAAUUAUGGGUAUCUGCACAUUACUCACGAUCCACUUUUUGCUAAAGUAUUUGUAUUUUGUCCCACAAUGUAUUCUUAGUGUGGUGGCAGCGGUUAUUGGUAUACUGUUGAUCGAGGAGGCGCCAUAUGAACUCUACUUUCAUUGGAAAACAAGAGGCAUAGACGAGAUUAUCACAUUCUGCGUAACCGUCUUUACCACGUUAUUUUUUUCCAUGGAGGGAGGCAUUGCCGUGGGGAUCGGGUACCUGCUUGUUCGAGUUGUCAAAAACUCAACAUUCUCCCGAAUCCAAAUUCUUGGCCGGUACCCCAAUACAAACCGGUUUGUUGACGCCGAUAUCCCAGCAUACCAAAAUAACCAAGAAAAGGUUGCUGGGUCGUACCUAAACUUAUUUGAUGACGCCCAGCAAAUGCAGUUGAAUACACAAGUGUUGGAGGAAAUUGAAGGGUGUUUGAUAAUCAAAGUGCCCGAACCACUUACAUUCACCAACUGCAGUGAUCUAACGACAAGAUUAAAACGAGUUGAAAUGUAUGGAUCCACAAAGGCACACCCAGCACUGAAACGAAGCAGAGACAUUGGCAUGACAAAAUACGUCAUUUUCGACUUGAAGGGGAUGUCGUUCCUCGAUUCGACAGCUGCAAAAAUUCUCAAGUCAUUGUUACAAGGCUAUAGAAAAAGAGGUAUACGUACAUGCUUUGUCCGAAUGAGCAGUGAUAAGCAUUUGCGGAAAAUGCUACUUGAUUCAGGGAUCUGUAAAUUGUUGAUCGAUGACUUGACUGAUUUAAAAUACUUUGCCAUUCAAGAAAUUGCCGAACAGAAUUCACUGCCUGUAACAACACCAGAAAUGGAAGCUAUUAUCGAGUGUUAUUCAUUAAUUGAAGACGAUACUCGCCCUUACUUUAAUCAUAUAAGCGACGCUUUAAAGGUUAUUGAUUGUUUUGAAACAAAUUAUGUAGACACUAUAGACGCAUAA